GUGACAUCACGAGCUCCAAGCCAAUCACAGCCAAGGGGCGUAACAGCUGAGUAAACCUCGGGAUUUUGUGGCGUCGCCUGCUUGACUCCCCUCCAGUCAGUCUCAGUCAGUCGGGAGAAGAUGGCGCCCGUGUUAGCAUACUGGAGCAUCCGUGGGCUUGCCCAGCCCAUCCGUUUAUUGCUGGAGUACACUGGCACGGAGUACGAGGAGAAGAUAUACGACUGUGGACCUGCCCCUGACUAUGACAAGUCUUGCUGGUUUGAUGUCAAGUUUACCCUCGGCCUCGACUUUCCCAAUCUACCGUACUACUUGGAUGGCAACCUGAAAAUCACCCAGAGCAGUGCCAUCAUCCGUCACAUUGCUCGCCAGCACGAUAUGUGUGGCAAGACAGAGGAGGAGAAGGUUCGUGUGGACGUCCUUGAAAACCAGGCUGUUGACUUCCGCAAUGGCUUUACACGACUCUGUUAUAGAGAAUAUGACACCCAGAAGGAUGCUUACUUAGAGGCUCUGCCAAAAACACUUAAGCUCUACUCGGAUUUCCUUGGAGACCGCAAAUGGUUUGCUGGGGACAAUUUAACCUACGUGGACUUUAUCAUGUAUGAACUUCUAGAUGAACACCUCGUACUUGAUAGUGGUUGCUUGAAAGACUUCAAAAAGUUGCAGGAAUUCCACAAACGCUUUGAGGAACUCGAGCCCAUCAAGAAGUACAUGGCCUCGCCAAAGUUCAGGAAAUCUCCGCUCAACAACAAGAUGGCCAAGUUUGGAAAUAAAUAGAUGAAGCAUUUUGUCGACACUUGAAAUUUGAUCUUGCUAUUUUUGAAGAAAACAUUUCUAAUUAGUUUGUGAGCACUUUUAUAUCAAUACUAUAGUUUUUGUUUGUGAUACUGCAUACAAUUCCAGUUUCAUAAUGAAAAUGUUUAUUUGGUUAAUAUUAAUUUCUAGUUGGGGAUAAAAUAAGUGUAUGAGAAAUUGUGUGAAGCUGAAUGUUUUGAAAAGUUUCAAAAGAUACAUAUUUUUUUCUUUCUUUUUCGCAUUUUAGUUUGGUAGGUCUUUACAUUGUGAAAGUUUGAUUUAGAGACUCCAGGUUUUGUAAAGUUGUCUGUGUGGCAUUGAAUAAAAGCAGCUCAUAA